GAUAUGCCCCAAACUAUCAGGUUAAGAAGACCCAGGAAAACACGUAUGUCCUCGUAGUUAUGGAGGACUGACGGGAAAAAAAAAUGACUUUAGCUUUCAUUGGCUGCGUCAACGGCUCGUCAACCUAUUCUUUGCUUAUUUACAAUCUUAGCCACCCAGUGUUUAGUACUUAGUUUCUUUAUUCUUCCUUGCAAUUCUCCAUCUGUCUCUCUAUAGUUGUAGAAUUCAUAUUUAGUUUCUCAUUUAACUCCAUAAGCAGAACUCCAUGGACACAAAACUUAUUUCAGGAGUCCAAUAUUCAAGUUUACCUGAAAAUUAUAUUAGACCUGAAUCCGAUAGACCCAACCUCUCUAAAGUGAUUAUUUGCAAGGACAUACCCAUCAUCGACUUAUGUUGCACUAACCGCACCCAACUUAUUCACCGUAUUGGCGAAGCCUGCCGAGUUUUUGGGUUCUUUCAGGUAAUAAAUCAUGGGAUAUCAGGAGAAUCAACAAAGAACAUGAUAGAGAUUGCACGGGAGUUCUUCAAACUACCUAUGGAUGAAAAGUUGAAAUAUUAUUCAGAUGAUCCAACAAAAACAAUGAGAUUGUCGACUAGCUUCAACGUGAAGAAAGAAACGGUUCAUAAUUGGAGAGAUUAUCUUAGGCUUCAUUGUCACCCUCUUGAUAAAUUUGUCCAAGACUGGCCUUCAUCCCCUCCACAAUUCAAAGAUGUUGUGAGCACAUACUGCAAAGAAGUUAGAGCACUUGGUUUUAGACUAGAGGAAGCAAUAUCAGAAAGCUUAGAGUUACAAGGAGAUUACAUAGAGAAGAUGUUGGGAGAUCAAGAGCAACAUAUGGCCAUAAACUACUAUCCACCUUGUCCUCAACCUGACCUUACUUAUGGUCUUCCAGCUCAUACUGACCCAAAUGCGCUCACCAUCCUUCUUCAAGAUGGAGAAGUCUCGGGCUUACAAGUCUUCAAAGAUGAUAAGUGGAUGGCAGUAAAUCCGCACCCGGGCGCCUUCGUUAUCAAUAUUGGUGACCAACUACAGGCACUUAGCAAUGGAAGAUAUAAAAGUGUUUGGCAUCGGGCAGUUGUGAACUCUGGCAAGGAGCGAAUAUCUGUGGCAUCAUUUUUGUGUCCAGCUAACUGUGCAACAAUUAUUCCUGCAACCCAAAGUGGAUCUUCCGCCAUAUACAGGAAUUUCACUUAUCAAGAAUAUUACAAAAAGUUUUGGAGCAGGAAUCUUGAUCAAGAACAUUGUUUAGAACUCUUCAAAAAUUGAAUUAUUAUGGAAACUAAUAAGAUGACUUUUCUAUGAAACAUCUUUGAUAUAGACACACCUUAUUUUCCAUGAUGAUGAUUCGUGCUCCAAAACUUUUUGUAAUAUUCUUGAUAAAUGAAAUUCAUGUAUAUGGUGGAAAAUCCACUUUGAGUCAUGACUUUAGAGAGGUUGGGUCUCCAUCUUGAAGAGAAAAGUUGAAGCACCAACAGGAAGGGAGGCUCUCAAACGAAAUAUGCAAGUUAAUUUUUCUUGGUGAAGAUGUAAUCUUUAUCUGAUUAGGUGCAUAAUGUGUGGACGAAAUAUGCAAGUUAAUUUCUCUUGGUGAAGAUGUUAUCUGAUUAGGUACUUGUUGUGUGGACGAAGUGUGCAAGUUAUUUUCUCUUGAGAAUCGAUAUAGAAAGAAAACAAAUUGAUGGUUGGUGGUGUA